GCUACUGUAGUUUGGAGUCGCCAAGAGUCAGAACUGAUUAAACCACCGGGACUGAAACCUUUUUUUCCUUUAAAUUCAAUUCAACAUUUCCAACAGUUUAAGUAAACCUGUGAACAUACUGUCUCCUUUUUUUUUUUUUUUUUUUUUUAAAGACAAAACAAGAUGGAACUUAAUUCGCUUUUAAUUCUGCUGGAGGCUGCAGAGUACUUGGAGAGAAGAGACAGAGAGGCAGAGCACGGUUAUGCCUCGGUUUUACCCUACAGUAGCGACUUCUCCAGGAAGAAGACAAAAGCAUCGCCAAUUAACAGAAAAAGUCAGAACAAUAGAUCGUCGCACAACGAGCUGGAGAAACACAGACGUGCCAAACUACGGCUGUACUUGGAGCAGCUGAAGAAGCUGGUGCCUUUGGGUCCAGACAGCACUAGACACACCACACUGAGCUUGCUGAAAAGGGCCAAGAUGCUCAUCAAGAAGCUGGAGGAGCAAGACAAAAAGGCUUUAAACACGAAGGAGCAGCUGCAAAGAGAGCACCGCUACCUCAAACGCCGCCUCGAGCAGCUCUCGGUGUCAGGAAGCGUGGAGCGCAUCCGCACCGACAGCAUGGGCUCCACCAUCUCCACCGACUCUGAACAAGAGGUGGAUAUCGAAGGUAUGGAUUUAACCCCUGGCGAGGCAGACAGCGUGGGCAGCAUCAGCGACCCUGAGGUAGAAGAAGAGGAGGAGGAGGAGGAGGAGGAGGAAGAGGAGGACCACUACAGCCUCCAGAGCAGCUCCAGCGACACCAGCUACACGGCCUCACAUUCCCACAGACUGCAGCCACACCACUGUUAGACCCCCAUGGCCAGAUGAACCCGCUUCUUCACUCGCCCACACCCGGACCACCGCCGUAGCCACCGUGACUGUUCGCAGUCUCCAGCGCCACCCUACAUCGGAGCAGUCCACAAAGGCGGUGCCGCAGAAAACCGUUUUGCUGAAACGCCACUCAAGCCUUUCUUUCAUACAUCCCUUCCUUAUUCCACUGACCCUACCUCACCCUGUUGUAUCCUGUCCGAACACGCCCCUUUCUGUCACGCCCUGCCCCGCCCUACAAAUCCAACCUUCCCCCUUAAGCCGGCGGAGCUGCAGGCUCUGGGAGAGCAGUGGGGGACUUCUGUGGUGAGAUGGAUAGCUUUAUCUUGUUAAUCAGGACCUGGGAGUGUGUGCGUGUGUGUGUGUGUGUGUGUGUGUGUGUGUGUGUGUGUGUGUGUGUGUGUGUGUGUGUGUGUGUGUGUGUGUGUGUGUGUGUGUGUGU